UGGACUUGUGGCUGACAGAAUUGACUUUUAGAAUGGAACAGAGCUGGCGAAGGAGGAGACCAGAGACCUAAAGAAGAUUCAAAAUUGCUCUCUGUAGGUUGGAUGCUGGUAUUUAAUGUUUGGAGGGGUAAUAUUCGCGCCAAGGUGGAUUUGCCAAAUGAAGUUAGCCUUCCCCCUGCCGUCUCUGGGACUGGAGCAGAUGGCAGUGGGGUUGGCGAUGGUGAAGACGAUGGUUCAGCUCCGAGUCCACAGAGUGAAGCGGUCACAAAUGAAUUGCAGGAGCUCACAUUGCAGUCAAACAAUGGCCUCUCUCCAUUGAACAAAAGAAAAAAUGAGCACUCGGCUCCACCUGGUGCUCCUGAGAUGGGAAGCCAGGCGAGCGAGGUGCGGACUUCUCCACAACUUCGUCAAUGCCACUCUACCUUCAGUCAACAGGAGGAGCGCCUGCUAAAGGUACUGCAGCUGAAGCUUCAACAACGGCGGACCCGGGAGGAGCUGGCCAGCCAGGGAAUCAUGCCACCUCUGAAGAGUCCUGCUGCAUUUCAUGAGCAGAGGAGAAGCUUGGAGAGGGCACGGACUGAGGACUAUUUGAAAAGAAAGAUCCGCUCACGUCCAGAGAGAGCAGAGUUGGUCAGAAUGCAUAUACUUGAAGAAACUUCAGCAGAGCCCUCCCUCCAAGCCACGCAGAUGAAGUUGAAACGGGCACGGCUAGCCGACGACCUGAAUGAGAAGAUUGCCCAGCGGCCUGGCCCCAUGGAAUUAGUGGAGAAGAACAUCCUUCCUGUGGACUCUAGUGUAAAAGAAGCUAUCAUAGAUAAUCAUGUGCCGUACUCCGCCUUGGCAGACAACUCAUCGUUCGAUGAAGACAGCAGUGAUGCCCUUUCACCAGAGCAACCAGGAAGCCAGGAGUCACUGGGAUCAUUGCCAUCCCCCACAGAAGCACGAUCUGUUGAUCCACACCAUCCCCUCCUUACUCGUUCUACACAGUAUCUUAUAUCAUUGCCAACUGGGACAGAAUUGAGCAAGUCCAAGCCAAUGUCUGACCACCAGACAGCAAAAUUGGCAAAUGGUGUGUUAUCCCCAGCUGCCAAACCCAUGCCAACACUUAUUAAACAAAGCCAGCCCAAGACAGUGCGUGACAAGAACCAGAGGAGCAAGAAGCUGAAGGAGCCAAAAUCCCGCGUGAAGAAACUCAAGUACCAUCAGUACGUCCCACCCGACCAGAAACUUGAUAAGGCCACCCUGCCCCUGGAUUCAGCCUAUUCCAAACUCCUCCAGCAGCAGCAGCUCUUCCUCCAGCUCCAGAUACUGUGUCAACAACAACAGCAGCACUAUAACUACCAGACUAUCCUUCCUGCACCCCCAAAGCCCAACAGUGACAAACAAGCCAACAGCAGUACCACCUCCGUGAGGACUCUGAGUAAUAGCACACCAUCAUUGGGUUCAGGCGGACUCACUCGGCAGAACAGCUGGAUGACCACCAUCAAAGCACUGGGGUCACUGCCCUCUAACCUUGAUGACCUGAAGGUGGCUGAACUGAAGCAGGAACUGAAGCUCCGGGCCUUGCCGGUGUCAGGAACGAAAACUGACCUCAUUGAACGUCUGAAGAACUAUCAGGAACUUAACAAAGCUGGUGGGACUCCAGUGGCCACCACGUCCUCUGUGGGCAAGACUGGCACGGCCCCUUCGAGACCCGUGGAGGGAAUGGCCUUCCCAUCUGCCCGGCUUGGUGGCAGCACACCAGUGGUGGUUAACAGCGUCACUCCUGGGGAUGUAACCAUCAGCACGGUGACAGCGAAGUUGGGCAGUUCCAGUUCCAGCCCUCCAGUGUCACCUGCCCCCUCUGAUCAGUCAUUUCACAGCAUGGAGGAGGGCACUACUCCCGAGGCAGUCUCAGAGUCCCUCCAGUCUUCGCCCAUGCAGUCACUUAGCACGGAGGAGUCGGUAUCCGUCAAUGGUGUGACAGGCAUUGCCAGGCUGGUGCCCAGCAGCAUCCGGGGCCAUGGCCCAGAGUCUGACAAGGACGCUCAAGCUGUGACCAAGGACCUGAUGUUGCAGGAGAAGGACAAGCAAAUUGAGGAGCUGACCAGAAUGCUCAGGCAGAAGCAGCAGCUGGUGGAAGCUCUCCGGCUGCAGCUCGACCAGGAGAAGAGAACCCAGCUCCAGCAGCCGUCCCAAAGCGCAGCCUUGACAAUGCCUGGCAGCCAGAAAACCAGCUCCACUGCCGUGAAGCAGGAGAACCUGCCCUCCAGCUGCCUAUUCUCGGGGCAGUCUGUGCCCUUGGCCACGACAAAAUCUGUCCCGCUCCUCAACCACGCUGAACCCCCAAGGAGCAACCCAAGCCCUGUUGAUGCGCCGGGACCACUGAACUUGGUGCCACUGAAGGCUGUCGUGGUGAAGCAGGAGGGUCAAGCGGGCACCUGUGAGGAGCAGCAACCCUCACCCACGCCAACUGUUCUGCUGAGCCCAGUGCAAUCAAAUGGGGUGAUCACAGGGGCACCGCGGACAGUGGCACCGAGCCAAGCUCCGAAUCCGCUGGCAAAUGGAGUAGGGACCCACAUCCUCCUCACGGUGAUGCCACAAAACAACAACAUGCGCCAAGUGUCCCCUGCAGUGAGUGUGGCCAAAGAUCCACCAGCAAUACAGGCAGUGCCAUCACCUCCUUCCCAAGGGCGGGCACAGCAACCAUCAUCUAACAGCCAGUCGAAGCAGCAUUCAGAGGCAGGAGUGAUGAACCAGGCUGUGAAAAAGGACCAGAAGCUAGGUCUGCAGCUGAUCACUGGGACUUCUGGGGUGCUUUCGUACUCCUUUACACCUCUGAAUGCGCAGCCUUGCUUUGUAAACAGCGUUACCGAGAGCUCGUUAAAAGCCAGGGUGAAUGCUGUGAGUAAUGGCCCCAGCUCCACACACAAGGAAAACUCCAGAAGCCAACAAAUGGAUGAUUUGUUUGACAUCCUCAUUGAAAGUGGAGAAAUUUCAUUCAAUGCCAAGGAUGUCUCCACAUCUUUAAACACGCCGUCUCCACAGACCAUUUCGCCCACGCUCGCUGUUUCUCCACCCCCGGUGGUAAAAGCACAGCUACCGUCACCUCAGUUGCUGCUGGAACCCAUCAACGACAGUCAGUCCGUCGAUCGCGAGAACCAGCUCGAGGACUUCCUCGUGAGCACCACCGGUGUGCCACUGUUAUCGGUGGAUAAUGACGGGACAGAACCCCUCUCCCUCAUCGAUGACCUACACAACCAAAUGCUGAGCAGCUCCAGUAUUCUCGAGCAUCCUCAUUCACCUAUGGACACUUCAGAUAUGCACUUCACUGCAGACAGCACCAGUCUGGCUCUAGACCUCACUGACACUAACUUGGACAACAUGGAGUGGCUGGACCUGACUAUGGGUAGCACCUCUGUAGGUCUUGCUCCUUUGAGCUCUGCAACCCCCAGUGUCUUUUCUACUGACUUUCUAGACAGCCAAGACCUGCAGCUACACUGGGAAUAACAUCAAGCAGCCAAAACAUUGAGGGUGAGCGUUUGCAAAAAUCCCGGUCAGUGUGGACCUUCGGUGCAUGGAACCUGAUGAGGUUCGUUUCAGUGUGCGCUUUUCGCUGUCACUUUACUUGACCGGGAGAUGCAUGUGCGCUGGGAGUGCACGACCCUUGGUGAAACAUCCAGAGGAUUUUUCUCUGUUCCAAAGUCGCAGGAAAGAAUGGUCUGGCGCUUCUGACUCAACUCUGGGCCCAACCACCACUGCUGGGAAUCUACAACUGGAUGAGAUUCCCAACUUUGAAGAUGAAUCUGCUCGCUGACUGACCUGGGCAGCGUGGGUUUCUUUGAUGUUCACAAGGCUUCAGAGCCUGUUCCUCGUGAAGCAGGAUCACACUCUUAGCACCCACCCUUUAUUUGAUUUCUACGUUGCCAAGGUUGUCUUUUUGCACUGAUUAGGUUGGGUGGGAAUGUUUUUAAACGGGGGAAAAAAAAAUUAAAACCAAAACCCAAAGGGUACACUAACUAAGCAGGUAUCAAAAUUAACUGACCCCUCCCCACUCCCUUCCAUCCCAACCACAACCUGUUCAGGACAAGUCUGAAGGUUGAUGCCUGCAUCUGGGACACAUACCUUGGUCCUCCACACAUUCUCUUUAACUUAACAAAACAAGACUUGUGUUUGAGUGGCUCAGAUGUAACUGCAGUAUCACAAUUUGUAAAGAAAUAGUUCCCUUUGUGUUCAGGAGCCUGGCAUUAUCUGUUUUAUUCUGAGACGGGAGGUGGAAUUCAUUCCUUGGGGCAGCUCCUCACUAUCAUUGUGCCAUUCAUUCUUGAGUUGAAGCUCGAAAUGUUUAAUUGGAUUUAGGUGCUUGAGCUGUUGUGCACACCCCGACAUCAGCUAAAGGUUCCCUAUCAGUUUCUAAAAUGCAGAGUCCAAAAUACAAAAUGUAACCAGUUAGGAUUCAUCCUGUUUGUCGAUGUGAAACAUUGAGCUACUGACGAUUGAAUCCACCAAGUCCCUGAAUUGUGCAAAGGAGGUGGUGUGAGCCUGCUCUCCUGGCUUUUGCAGUGUUGAUGACAAAUCAACCGUCCGGGCCAGGGUGCCGCUCGAAUGCACUGUCCAUUGCAGACUGGGCAUGACCAGUAAAUAACUGUCCACUGCCAAACUGGAGCCUUGGAGCCGGGUGCCCAUUCUCUGGGUCUUUUGGUUACAGAGUUAGGGAGGAGCGGAGGUUAUCUGCACAGAUUUCAUUCCCUCAUUGAAUAAAGUGCUGCCCGUGUGGGAAGUUCCUCUGUCACCUGCUCCCCUUGCCUUUCAAUGUAGAUGGGAUCUUGGCCAGGGCGUUAGAUGUUGGACAGGGCAAUUAUUUGAAUGUCAUUGUCACUUCAGUGUAGUAUUUCUCACAAGUGAAACAGAUUACUGCAGCAGGAAGAUUCUUGUAUCUUGCCACCUCAUACAAGGAUUUCUCUUACAACUGUAAAGUUACAAUCAUCUAGAAUGUAAAGCAAUUGCACAAUGUCAAAUGUGCAAUUUAAUCAUAUCUGUGUCGCAUCGCUGACUAGUGUAGCACUGGUGUAAAAGCCUUAUUUGUCACUUCAAGCUUUGGUUACGAGCAUCAAACGAUACAAUCUUGUCAGCUGCACACAAAAUAUUUGCUUGCAGGCCCAUGGCCAAGCUAAUGCAUUUCCCUUUCUCACCAGUUGUUUCUCCUGGCUGAGGAUGGAUAGCAUUAGAUUAGGGGCUGGAGAAGUGUUUGGAAGUAUGUCUUCUGGACAUAGGCACUAUGUUGAAGGAGAUUGAUAGAACAAGAGCCUUUGGACAGUUGGAGAUGGUGAAGGAGAGAUGAAAAUUGAUUGUGUGAAAUAGAAGUGGCCUUGAAUGCCUGGUUUUUAAGUCUAGUUAGAUCGGUCAUUGCUAUGAUUUUUUUAAAAAUAGCACACACCCACUCAUGCUCACUGCAGGCCUUGCAAUCAUAAACAAUAUUACAAACUAGCAGCCGACAUCAUUACAAUAGCCAAAGUUGAAGUUACUGUAGCUAUUAUGUAGCCUGAGGAAAAGUGAUUGGGAGUUGCUGUUUUGAUCACCAGUAUUUUUGUUUUGUUUUCCUCACUGACUGCAUUGGCAAGCCUCUUGCCUUGGCUGGGUGGUUGUUUUGUGGUAGAGGUUGAGGGAAGGACCAGUUGUACUGUUCAAGGCUCCUCUUGCUUUGCUGAAUGCCAAAGGAAUUCUGUCUGAAAUAGGAUGAAUUUAGGCAAUGAUCAUUGUGAAGGUGGGAUGUCAUGUGUUGCCAAUUUCAGUUAUUCAUCCAAACUGAGACACAGAGGAUCUUUUUCUAAAUGUUGUCACUGUGUCAAUUGGAGCAGGAGGAAUUUGAGUUAUUGUUCGAAGUUCCUAAUGUCACCCGUUUCUGAAACCUUCACAAUGUUGGGAAUGAUCCCUUUCACUGAAAGGUGCAGUACACCAGUAAUUAGGGCUAAAUGUUAAAUUCGCAACGUCCCCUGUACAAGAGCUCGGUUGUUAUGGUGCACAACAUCGUAUUUUCCCAUCAAAUUUCUCGUGCACGCUAUUGGAAAGGACUUAGUGCUGCAAAGGCCGGCUCUCGAAGACUAAAGGUUUUCAGCCUCUUUGCCUGAAAAAUCCUUGUUUCUGAUCUACGCAAGGCAAAAGUCAUUUUUAAUAUCAAGACACUUUGAGUCAUUACCACAAUGCUUUCCCCUUGGUUACUAGGCCAUUGGCGUCAAUAAUCUCCACCAUGUUCUACGGCAGUAGGAACCCUUGGGAAUGCAGUGCUCCGAGCCAUUAGGGAAUAAUGGAGGGUCGAGAGUUCCAAUCUACCUUGCUGCUGCCUGACAUCUGUCGCCCACAGUCAAAUCCUCUUAUGAGCCAAAGAAUCUCCAACCCUUCCCACACCAAGUAAUGAAUGCAAAUUACUGCAGAUGCUGGAAAUCUGAAAUACAAGCAGAAAGUGCUGGUGAAACUCAGCAGAUCUGGCAGCUUCCCUGAAGACAGAAACAGAAUUAACAUUUCAAGUCAGUUAUGACACUUCAGUUCUGGAGAAUAAUCAAAUUCAUCUUGAAACGUUAACUCUGCUUCUCUCUCCACAGAUGCUAAAUAUUGCUCCCUGUGCUAAAUCAAUGAUAGCAGCAGUCCUAUUAAUGUUUUGUAAUUGUUGGGUAUUGGUAGUCCAUUGAUUUUUAAAUGUUGAAUGCCCAUUAAUCCAGUCAGGCACCCAGAAGUAAUAUGAAGCAAAAUUGUAUUGAUUCAGUUGUCCAAUCAUGAUCUACAGCCUUUAGAGGUACCAAUCAAAAUUACAGCAACUCAGUACCAGUGCUGAAUGUUUUUAAAUUUUGAAGUGUUUGGAGUUCAUGGAAAAUAUGCAAUAUUUGGUGCCUUCACUGACAUGAUCUACAACCAUAAAUCUGAUGUAGGUUUUGUGAAGUUUUUCAUUGGGAAGCAGGGACUUGUUAUUAUCUCUGGGUUUUUUUAGCUGCUUGAGGGACAAACAAAAAAAGUCAUGUUGCCAUCUGAGACAAUUGAAGCCCGUAGCCAUUGCAUGACAGUAAAGCUGUCCCUGAUAGUCUAGUCGGCUGUUGAUUCCUGGGGUCCAGGAUUUAAAUGAAACACAGAGGAGUGGAAGCUCUGUGUUGGUUCUGAAGGCCUUUGGAAUGGGUAAACCCUAAUCAAGUGCUAUUGGCUCUGAACAUAAAGCAGAAGGCAGUCAUUGUGUUCCCCAUGGUAGUGUGGGGAAUAUUGGUGUUUUAUGUCCUGCCUAUUAGCCUAAGGAAGACACUGUAUAGAUAUGCAGGAUGGGAAUAUACUAAUUUAGAUACAUUCUACUGUCUCCUUACAUAUGUGUCUUUCUGUUUCCAUUCUGUCCACCCAUCCCCAACCAUGUGUUCAUGCAUCCAAAACUCCUGCCUGUGAUUUAAUGUUUACACUGCUGUGAAUUUGGAUGUGAAACGGAGUUGUGUUGCGGAGUUAGAAUGCCAGUGUGCAUUCUUGUGCAGACCUGAUUUUCUUCUCUGCGUCUUUGGCUGUGCCUUUUACCUACCUGAAUCCAGACUUCUGGACUCCCUCCCUAAAAUUUCUUCCUGUCCUCCCUCUUUUUGAGGCAGCCUUUAAAACCUACUUCUUUGGCCAAACUUUUUCUGUUGUCCUAAUAUCUCUUUCACGUUGGUCAGUAUCUUUGCAAACUGUUCCUGCAAAGCACCUUGGGAUAUUUUGCCUGUCCAGUAAUGUCAACAAUAGGGUUCAUACCCAUUACUGCUAGUGCAUUAAAGGUUAAGCCAAGGUCUUGUGAUGCAGUUAUAGUGCCCCUGCCUCUGGGCCAGGAGAUCCCAGUUCAAAUCCCAGCCGUUCCAUGGGUACGCACUGCAGAAUUGCACUGAGGCUCCUUGGACAGCAUCUUCCAAAUUCACGAUCAUUUCCAUCUCAAAGGGCAACAGUAGCUGAUACCGCUACUCUCUGUAAUUUCUCCCCAAAGCCUCUCACCAUUCCGGCUUGGAAGUAUAUUGCAGUCCUUUCACUGUCACUGGGUCAAAAUCCUGUCUGUCUUCACUAAUUGAGCUGUAGCAGUACAUAAAGGCAACUCACCACCACUUUCACAAAGAUAAUUAGGAAUCGGCAAUAAAUGCCAGCAAAGCCCACACCCUGUCAUUUUUUUAAAAAAAACCUGACCUCUGAAACGGCCAGGCAAAAAAUUAAGUUCAAGAGCAAUUAAGGAACGGGCAACAAAUGUGCUUUCCUGUGCAUCCAACAUCCUGUGAAAGAACUGAAACCAUAUGUGGACCUAGUAAACAUCAGUCUGUAGAUCCCAAUUCCACACUGUGCCCAAGAGACACAGGAGAAUGUGGACAGUGAGGAGACAUUGUGGAUCCUCAUCGAGUCGAAUGUUCUCAGGUGGAAUAUAAAUCCAGAGAGGUGAUAGCUUAUCUCUAAAGCCUUGAAAAUAUGUUUUGUACAUUUAUUUGAUCGUGGUCUAAGAAUUGACAUAGAUUAAAUUAACUAAGUAAAAUUAUGGUGGAGCUAGGCACUUCUUAAUUAUUCACUGUUUAACGUAUAUGUUAUUGACUGUCUGUUCAGGGCUUGGCUUUCUGACACGGUAUUGAUCAGUUGGAGUAUUUUGAAGCAUUAUUGAUUUGCUGUGCUCACUUCCCUGCAUUAGCACAGGCACUGUCCAGAGGAGCGGCUGAAAUAUUAACACCUCCAUGUGUCCUUCGAGUUGCUGGUGAGUGGUCCAGCUAUAAUCACACUCAGGGUGUGUUUCCUCUCAAAGCAGCAGAGGUGGAAAAGGCAGAAUCAGUGGAAUUUGGACUGGGAAGGUGUAAAUCGUCUCGUGGCAUUUCCUGGCAGUUAAUCUACAAGAAUGCUAAAAGUGUACAGUAUGGAUGUGCACCCAGAGUGAGAGUAUAGGGGCCUAGGACUGAAACAUCAGCUUUUCUGCUCCUGAGAUGCUGCUUGGCCUGCUGUGUUCAUCCAGCUCCACACUUUGUUAUCUCAGUAUGGACCUACUUGAGUAAUGGGCUGUGACGCCCACAGUGCUGUUGUGGGUAAAUGCACCAGAAUUUAUCCAGAUCAGGACAGUAUCAGGUUUAGUCCCAAACUUUUUUUGGCCUUUACAUGGGAUUGGUGGGGGUGGGGGUGGGAGUAGUGACUGAAUGUUUUCAAAGCAUAUCACUGAUUUAUUUUCACAGUUUGAUAGGUAGUUUUUUUCAGGUAGUGGUUGAUAUUCUCAAAUGGGCCUCUUUUGGAUUCCAUAGGCAGUCCCAGGCUGGGUGUAUUGAUUUGAGAGGGACACUGAAGUGCCUGUUCUCAGUGCUUGUAGCAAAUAACUUGUCUUUCACUAUACCGUACCAUAAUUCUGCAUAGGAACCUGUUUUUUUUUUUCUGGAAAUUUCCAUGUGGCAAAUCAUUAGCUGUCAAAAUGGGAUUAUAGUAAACAGUCCUUCAUGGUUACUUGCAGGAAAUACAUGGUUUAAUGUCUCAUGGAGGGCACCGUGUUAGGGUUGAAUAGCCUAGUUACAAUGUGUGCCUAAGGUUCUCUGACUGAAAUUCGUGCUUAGAUAAUCACAGUGUCAUUGAAAACUGAGCUGCACACCCAUGUGUGUACAUGUCUGAUCCUUGCACCCUGUACCCAUUCAGAGCUGAUCAGUGGUGAAUAUCCUUUUGAUUUUCUAUGCAGUGUUAGUUUGGGUUUUUAGACAAAUUAUAAGCUGUUGAUGGAGUGAGUGACUAGCACCUUCACUGUGCCCCGAUACGAUCAGAAUGAACUUGUGUAGCAAUCCUGCUCUCAGCCUCAGUGGAGAGAGGUGGGAGACAAAAAAAUGUACCAGGGAAUGUGUUCCAACCCACCACGGCAGAGAACUGGCAAUAGCGGCAUCCUGUGGUUGGGUAACUAAUGGGGAGAAAGGGUUUGGGAAGAAAUCAGAACACCUGCAUUGAGGAGGCCACAGGAAUCUGCUGGUCAAGCCAAGGAUCCAGUGGGAAGUGUUUUUUGUUCUGUUCGUGUUUUGCCUUUUCAUAAACUUUGCACUCUCCUGAUCAAACUCCCUUCCUUUGCAGUUACAUGUUGUAUGUUUGUGUUUUUGUUUUGGGGGCGCGGGUGGGGUAUGGAGCCGAGCAGUGGGACAUUUGCCUGGAUAAUGAGCCCAAGUUGUCUACAACCUCCCGAAGUACUGCAGAACCGCACCAAACUUGGACGUAUCUUUUUGGCUUACGGGAUCCCCCUGGAGUCCUGCCUCCGGAGAGUUGGCAGAGACUUGCUCCGAGAGCCCAUUGCCCGGUGGUUUGAUGUCAGAGUGUACCAUCUUGAUCAUUAAGGGCUCAAGAUUGACACUUGCUACAAAGUUAAGCUCAGCUCUGCCUAACUGUAAUGGAUCUUGGUGUUGGCACGGGUAGGAUCUGUCACGGAUUCUGCUCCUUUAUGGCUGUGUUGGCCAUUUUGUGUGAAGUGAAACCAUCCAUUGCUGGAUUGGCUUGUAUUAUUGAUACAGUCAGACAGUAUGCUGCCACCCACAGCUCACCCUCUGGGAUGUGAAAACCCAAGGCUGAUAGUAGCAAUGGCAAGGCAAAUGGGAGACCAUUGACUCCUCCUUGUUUACUUCAAUGCCAUGACAUGAAGCCUCGCCCUUAUGAUAGAAAGUUGCUGAAUGAUGUGUAGGUGACUUUGCAGAGCUAUACCCACCAGCCAAUGUGUCCAAUGUUAAUCUGUGUCUACUAUGAGUUCUGCUAAUAUUGCUGCGACUUUGUGUUUAAAAAAAAUUCUAGGGUGGUGAAAAAUGUCAGUGCCUGAGUGAUAAUCAGUCUGUCGCUGUCUGUGAGCACUUUGCGAAAAAUUCAGAGUUCUGAACUGAAGCGGUAACCAAUCACUUCCCCAUGCAGGAGAGGAGGCCCUCACAUUAGACUGGUGUGCCAGAACUUUGUACAAAUUUUUUCCCCUUUUAAUGCCACUGUGAAUGUGUAUAUUCCAACUCUGAGGUGUAAACAUUUAUUGGGAACCAUUUGGAGGAAUGUAUUUGGAUCUUCCUUCCUUUUCAAAUUGUAGUGACUGUAUCCUCGUGAUCAGCCAUUAACAAGGAAAAGGAAGGGGGUGCAGAGAGAGAAAGCAGACGUAAUGAAUGACUUUUACUGCUUGCUUUUCUCUUUAUCUUUUUAUCUUUUUUAACUGUCUGUAAACACUGUUGUGUUGAACUUUUUAAAAAACCUUUUUUAAAGAAA